AUGGCGGACGAGGAUGACGAGCGGCCCUUCAUCUGCUCGCUGCCCUGGGACAACGGCAUCAUGUCGUGUCGGGACGUCCCGGCGCGGAGGGAGGGCGGCCGCAGCUGCUGCCUGGAUAAGGACGACGCCCUCUACAGGCGGAGUCUGGGACUGAGUGUUGAGCCUUUGACCAACGGCACCGUGAGCGCGGGACUAUGUGUGAACUGGAACCAGUACUACACCCGCUGUGGCACCGGCCUCAGGAACCCACACAAGGGGGCCAUCAGCUUCGACAACAUCGCCUACGCCUGGAUCGUCAUCUUCCAGGUGAUCACGCUGGAAGGCUGGGUGGAGAUCAUGUACUACGUGAUGGAUGCUCACUCCUUCUACAACUUCAUCUACUUCAUCCUCCUCAUCAUCGUAACCAAUACCAAUGCCAAUACCAACGCCAAUACUAACACCAACACCAAUACCAAUACCAACACCAAUACCAACAAUAAUACCAACACCAACGCCAAUACCAACGCCAAUACCAACGCCAAUAUCAACGCCAAUACCAACGCCAAUACUAACACCAACACCAAUACCAACAAUAAUACCAACACCAACGCCAAUACCAACGCCAAUACUAACGCCAAUACCAAUACCAACAAUAAUACCAACGCCAAUACCAACGCCAAUACCAACGCCAAUACUAACGCCAAUACCAAUACCAACAAUAAUACCAACGCCAAUACCAACGCCAAUACCAACGCCAACACCAACGCCAAUACCAACGCCAAUACUAACGCCAAUACCAAUACCAACGCCAACACCAAUACCAACACCAACACCAAUACCAACAAUAAUACCAACACCAACGCCAAUACCAACGCCAAUACCAACGCCAAUACCAACGCCAAUACCAACGCCAAUACCAACGCCAAUACCAACGCCAAUACCAACGCCAAUACUAACGCCAAUACUAACGCCAAUACCAAUACCAACACCAAUACCAACACCAAUACUAACGCCAACACCAAUACCAACAAUAAUACCAAUACCAACACCAAUACCAACACCAAUAGUAACGCCAACACCAAUACCAACAAUAAUACCAAUACCAACACCAAUACCAACACCAAUACCAAUGCCAACACCAAUACCAACACCAAUACCAACACCAAUACCAACACCAACACCAAUACCAACACCAAUACCAACACCAAUACCAACACCAAUACCAAUACCAACACCAAUACUAACACCAAUACCAACACCAAUACCAACACCAAUACUAACGCCAACACCAAUACCAACAAUAAUACCAAUACCAACACCAAUACCAACACCAAAGCCAAUGCCAACACCAAUACCAACGCCAACACCAAUACCAAUACCAACACCAAUACCAACACCAAUACCAACGCCAAUACCAACACCAAUACCAACACCAAUACCAACGCCAACACCAAUACCAACACCAAUACCAACACCAACACCAAUACCAACACCAAUACCAACACCAAUACUAACGCCAAUACCAACGCCAAUACCAACGCCAAUACCAACGCCAAUACCAACGCCAAUACUAACACCAACACCAAUACCAAUACCAACACCAAUACCAACAAUAAUACCAACACCAACGCCAAUACCAACGCCAAUACCAACGCCAAUAUCAACGCCAAUACCAACGCCAAUACUAACACCAACACCAAUACCAACAAUAAUACCAACACCAACGCCAAUACCAACGCCAAUACUAACGCCAAUACCAAUACCAACAAUAAUACCAACGCCAAUACCAACGCCAAUACCAACGCCAACGCCAAUACCAACGCCAAUACUAACGCCAAUACCAAUACCAACGCCAACACCAAUACCAACACCAACACCAAUACCAACAAUAAUACCAACACCAACGCCAAUACCAACGCCAAUACCAACGCCAAUACCAACGCCAAUACCAACGCCAAUACCAACGCCAAUACCAACGCCAAUACCAACGCCAAUACUAACGCCAAUACCAAUACCAACACCAAUACCAACACCAAUACUAACGCCAACACCAAUACCAACAAUAAUACCAAUACCAACACCAAUACCAACACCAAUACUAACGCCAACACCAAUACCAACAAUAAUACCAAUACCAACACCAAUACCAACACCAAUACCAAUGCCAACACCAAUACCAACACCAAUACCAACACCAAUACCAACACCAACACCAAUACCAACACCAAUACCAACACCAAUACCAAUACCAACACCAAUACUAACACCAAUACCAACACCAAUACCAACACCAAUACUAACGCCAACACCAAUACCAACAAUAAUACCAAUACCAACACCAAUACCAACACCAAAGCCAAUGCCAACACCAAUACCAACGCCAACACCAAUACCAAUACCAACACCAAUACCAACACCAAUACCAACGCCAAUACCAACACCAAUACCAACACCAAUACCAACGCCAACACCAAUACCAACACCAAUACCAACACCAACACCAAUACCAACACCAAUACCAACACCAAUACUAACGCCAAUACCAAGGCCAAUACCAACGCCAAUACCAACGCCAAUACCAACGCCAAUACCAACGCCAAUACUAACGCCAACACCAAUACCAACACCAAUACCAACGCCAACACCAAUACCAACACCAAUACCAACGCCAAUACCAACACCAAUACCAAUACCAACGCCAAUACCAACACCAACAAAUUAGAUAAAGUGGGCUCCUUCUUCAUGAUAAACCUGUGUCUCGUGGUCAUCGCGACACAGUUCUCUGAGACCAAGCAGCGCGAGCAUCAGCUGAUGCAGGAACAAAGGGCCCGCUGCUCCUCCAUGUCCACGCUGGCCUCGGAGCCCGGAGACUGCUACGAGGAACUCUUCCAGCUCGUCUGCCACAUGCUGCGCAAGCUCCGGAGGCAGACCGUCAACUUCCUGUACGCCCUGAGAGGGAAACCCCGAGGAUUCAGAGGGGCAGGCCGCGGGCGAGCCGAGGAGCGGCGAGAGAGGAGGGUCAACGGACGAGAGCCCAGAGAGAAGAGGCCCAAGAGCAGACACGCUCUCCCGUGUCCCCACCGCUCCAAAGCAGAGAGCCCAGAGUCGGAGCCCUGCCCCCACUGCUCCAAGUGCGACGGGACGGGCCCCAAACCAGAGGAGGAGAAGGAGGGGGAGGAGCCUGAGGGGGCGCGGCGCCAUUGGAUGUGCGGCGCCCAUCUGUGGAUCAAAACCCGCAAGGCAUUGUGGGCCAUCGUGGAGAGCAAGUACUACACCAUCAGCAAGUACUACACCAUCAACAGGUACUACACCAUCAGCAAGUACUACACCAUCAACAGGUACUACACCAUCAGCAAGUACUACACCAUCAACAGGUACUACACCAUCAGCAAGUACUACACCAUCAACAGGUACUACACCAUCAGCAAAUACUACACCAUCAACAGGUACUACACCAUCAGCAAGUACUACACCAUCAGCAGGUACUACACCAUCAGCAAGUACUACAACAUCAGCAGGUACUACACCAUCAGCAAGUACUACACCAUCAGCAGGUACUACACCAUCAGCAAGUACUACACCAUCAGCAGGUACUACACCAUCAACAGGUACUACACCAUCAGCAAGUACUACACCAUCAGCAGGCACUACACCAUCAACAGGUACUAUACCAUCAGCAGGUACUACACCAUCAACAGGUACUACACCAUCAACAGGUACUACACCAUCAGCAAGUACUACACCAUCAGCAGGUACUACACCAUCAGCAAGUACUACACCAUCAGCAAGUACUACACCAUCAACAGGUACUACACCAUCAGCAAGUACUACACCAUCAACAGGUACUACACCAUCAGCAAGUACUACACCAUCAACAGGUACUACACCAUCAACAGGUACUACACCAUCAGCAAGUACUACACCAUCAACAGGCACUACACCAUCAGCAGCAAGUACUACACCAUCAACAGGCACUACACCAUCAGCAAGUACUACACCAUCAGCAGGUACUACACCAUCAGCAAGUACUACACCAUCAGCAGGUACUACACCAUCAGCAAGUACUACACCAUCAACAGGCACUACACCAUCAGGCACUACACCAUCAGCAGGUACUACACCAUCAACAGGUACUACACCAUCAGCAGGUACUACACCAUCAGGCACUACACCAUCAGCAGGUACUACACCAUCAGCAGGCACUACACCAUCAACAGGUACUACACCAUCAGCAAGUACUACACCAUCAACAGGUACUACACCAUCAGCAGGCACUACACCAUCAGGUACUACACCAUCAUCAGGCACUACACCAUCAACAGGUACUACACCAUCAGCAAGUACUACACCAUCAACAGGCACUACACCAUCAGCAGGCACUACACCAUCAGGUACUACACUAUCAUCAGGCACUACACCAUCAACAGGUACUACACCAUCAGCAAGUACUACACCAUCAACAGGUACUACACUAUCAGCAAGUACUACACCAUCAACAGGUACUACACCAUCAGCAAGUACUACACCAUCAGCAAGUACUACACCAUCAACAGGUACUACACCAUCAGGCACUACACCAUCAGCAGGUACUACACCAUCAGUCACUACACCAUCAGGUACUACACCAUCAGGUACUACACCAUCAGCAGGCACUACACCAUCAGCAGGUGGGAACACCAGAGCACGCUGGGACCUCACUGCUCCGCCACGUCUCCAGUCUCCAUUAAACUCGGCGAAUCUCGGCGGCGGCGUGUAUUUUUAGCCCUCGCCCACCGUGACGGCGUCAGGAGUAUUGACACACAGACAAAGCAGAGGGAUCAGGAGGCUUAUAAAGAGCAGUGUGAGUGUGCGGGCCUGACAGCGCUCCAGAGAUGA